AUGGUUCUGCCAGGCAUGAAGUCCAGAUACACCGAGGACCCCAAUCGACCGGGCGAGCCACGCCUCGCUAGUUUCGGGUGGCUACCCAACAGAGCUCGCCAUCUCUUCAUCUCUUUCGCGGGUGAAUAUGUCGGCACUUUCCUCUUCCUCUUCUUCGCCUUCGCUGCUACACAGGUCGCCAACAACCUCCGCGGUACCAGACCCAUGGACAUUGGGUCUUUGCUGUACAUCUCGUUGGCAUUUGGCUUCUCGCUGGCAGUCACGGUUUGGGUCUUCUUUCGCAUCAGUGGCGGCCUCUUCAACCCUGCUGUCACGGUCGCCAUGGGUAUCAUCGGAGCACUCGGAUGGAUGAAGGCCCUACUGCUAAUCAUUGCGCAACUUCUUGGAGCCAUCACUGCCGCUGCAAUCGUAUCUGGUCUCUUCCCAGGACCACUGUCCGUGAACACGACCCUCAGCAAGGAAACCUCAGUAACGCGAGGCCUUUUCAUCGAGAUGUUCUUGACAUUCAUGUUGCUGUUGACCAUCUUUAUGUUGGCGGCAGAGAAGCACAAGGCGACGUUCGUUGCGCCAAUCGGCAUCGGACUUGCUCUCUUCAUCGCGGAGCUGGCCGGUGUAUACUUCACUGGAGGCUCACUGAACCCAGCGCGCUCUUUCGGACCUGCUGUCGUCACCGGUGUAUGGCCUGGACACCACUGGAUUUACUGGAUUGGACCCCUCUUCGGCGCUAUCCUAGCAUGCAUCUUCUACCGUCUGAUGAAGAUGCUCGAAUACGAGACUGCCAAUCCCGGCGCAGACCACGAUGGCCGCGAAGUUUACCACGAGCAUGGAGCUGGUCGAAGCUCUACCCAUUACGAGGCCACGUCUGCUCGUCAGGCGACCGAUGGAACAGACGAGUAUGACUUUGCGAAGCAGCUGCGAUCCGGCACCAGACACCCUACUAUGACCCAGCGUCAAGCAAUCCCUUCCUUUGGCACCCUCUCUACCUCCACAGGCCACACUGAGAAGCCAGCGGCACCGCUGCCGGUACAUAUGCAGACGCUCGAUGGCCACCGAUCCGACACGGUCAACCAUCCCGAAGAUCGGCCUCGCGCCCACCACAACCGCGGCUCGUCGUCGUACGAGAUGACAUCCGACUCGAGCUACCGCAAUGGACCGAGUGCGGAGUCGGGCAGCUCGGAGUCAUAG